GCAGUUUGAUGAAAAUCCGGUUGGAUUUUAUAUUGCUUUUAUUCUCAAUUUAGAUUGAUUUGACCAUAUCUAUAAUGAACAUUUUCCUGAGUAAUUUACACAAGGGAGGGCACGUUAUGAAAUAAAAAAAGCACCUAAGUGACUACUUUCCUAGUUCGUCUAUGAAGAUUCCAAUGAGUAUGUCGACCAAUUGACAUCAACAUUGGGGGGAACUUUAGAAGAGCUCCUCAAAUUGCUGCUCAGUUGUCAGCUAUUUUUGGUGUAGAGAAUGAACUGACCUUUCGAAGUGAAAUGUCCGAUAUAACUGAAGCUUCCUCCGGGAGGAACUCUGACAAUUUUCCUUCAAACAAUGCUCUACCUCAUUCUAGCUCUCAUGGGCCUGCAUCCGCAAAUGAAAUAACAUCUGGACACCAACAUUUGCCUCGGGAAGACAAGGAGAAUUCACAUUCAAAUGAUACUCGGUUAAUACUUCUAACCUGCUCUGUGAGUUGUCUGCCAUCAAACAACAGUGACAAUCACUUGUCAGAAAGGACAGGAGAGAGUCCAGAGAAGACUACUGUUGUUGAUUCUACUCCUAAAAUCUCAGGCAAAAAAUUUAGUCAACAUCUUACUUAUUGCGGCAUUAACAGAGGCAAAUGUAAUGGGGGAUGUGUAACUCUAUUGGAUGAGAACUUACAUUCUUCGGAGCCGAAGUCAAUCAGAAAUUCUGGCCAAAACAAAUUGACCUAUCGUGGAGUUACAAGACACAGAUGGACUCGGAAAUAUGAAGCACACAUUUGGGAUGGAAGUCAAAUUACUGAAGGUCAUAAACGGAAAGGAAAACACGUAUAUCUCGGUGGCUAUGAAUCUGAGGCAGAAGCUGCACGGGCAUAUGACCUCACAGCUCUCAAAUACUGGGGGCCAAAGGCAAUGACCAAAUUGAACUUCCCUAUCAUUUUCUAUGAGAAAGAACUUGAGGAGAUGGAGAGUAUGUCCCGUGAGGAGUUUGUGACAUCUCUUAGAAGGAAAAGUAUCUGUUUCACAAGAGGUUCUUCUGCUUACAGAGGAGUGACAAGACAUCGUGAUGGGCGGUGGCAAGCACGAAUUAAAGUGGCUUCUAGCAAAAAAGACACUUACCUGGGAACGUUUAGUACUGAGGAAGAAGCUGCCCAGGCCUAUGAUGCUGCUGCUGUCAAAUUUCGAGGCAUGAAGGCCCUAACAAACUUUGACAUAAGUAACUACUUAGAGGAAGGUUCAAAAGAUCUGGAAGGCUUCUCUCAGCCAAAAAGAUUGAGGUACAGUGAUAAGUUUGUUAUCCAGACAGCUUGCAUGCCUGAUUCUGAUCCCGAACCAGAUGAAAGCUCCCGGAGAACUAUGACUCCACUAAAUCUUCCUGAACAUCCUACAGUGGCAGUGAUGCCUUCAGUUUCCCAAUCUGUUUCUCAGGCAGAGGAAAGCAUCAGCAGACCCAUAAUAUCAUCAAUUCUGCCUGAACAUCCCACUCCUGUGGCACUGAUACCAAACUAAAUGACAGACACCUCUUUUGUGGAACUUGAUUUCAAAAUAUUAUAGUCAAUGUUAUUGUACUUUGUACUAAUUGCAGUUGCUAGCUUUUU